CCGUCGUAAAGUUGCUGUUCCCCAUGCUGCCUGGCCGGUGGUGAGGCGUGUGUGGUUGUCUGUGAAAUAUGGCGGAUGCGACGACACUGUUUGUAUCUAUCGGGCUUAGCGAACAGAAAGCUAAAGAAACUCUUAAAAAUGAAGCUCUCAGUUCGACUUUGAAGGAUGCUAUUGCCCAGGCACAGAAUGUGGUGGGGUCCGCGGCAAUUGACAAGGCUAUGGGGACCCUUCUGUAUAGCAUGGCCUCACGUAUCAAGGAUACAGGUCGUCUAGGCUUCCUCACAGAAUACAUAGCCAAACGCAAGAUCACCUCCGAUUUACAGCUCUCAGCUGCUUUGGAGUUUGUGAAGAGCCACCCUCAAGACCCCUUAGACCGCAGCGCCUUCGAGUCCUCCUGUGGUGUGGGUGUGGCCAUCACCCCAGAGCAGAUUGAGGAUGUGGUUGAGCAGGUCAUCAAGAAGUACAAGAACCAGCUGAAGGAGGAGAGGUAUCGCUUCAACAUGGGCCUGCUUAUGGGUGAAGCCCGGGCUGGCCUCAAGUGGGCUGAUGGGAAGAUCAUAAAAAACGAAGUGGACAUGCAGGUCCUGCAUAUCUUGGGUCCAAAGACCGAGGCAGACUUGGAGAAGAAGCCCAAGGCUCCCAAAGCCAAGGCACCAGAGAAGGAGAAGCAGGAAGUCGAUGGGGCUGUAAAUGGGGAAGUCAAGAUGGAGGCUAAGUCACUCAUGGAGCAGUUGAGAGGAGUGGCCCUAAACUUUCAUAAGCCAGGGGAGAACUUUAAGACCGAGGGAUAUGUUGUCACACCCAACACCAUGAGCUUGCUUAAGAAGCACCUAGAGACCACGCGUGGACAGGUCCGUACGCGUUUCCCCCCAGAACCCAAUGGCAUUCUCCACAUCGGUCAUGCUAAGGCCAUCAACUUCAAUUUUGGCUAUGCAAAGGCUAAUAGUGGCAUUUGUUUCCUGCGUUACGAUGACACGAACCCUGAGAAAGAAGAGGAGAAGUACUUCACUGCCAUCAGGGACAUGGUGGAGUGGCUGGGUUAUACACCAUAUGAUGUCACGCAUGCCUCCGAUAAUUUCCAGCAGCUUUAUGACUGGGCAGAGGAACUCAUUCGCAGGGGCCAAGCGUACGUGUGCCACCAGCGCGGAGAGGAGCUAAAGGGCCACAAUGCGCCGCCCUCACCCUGGCGUGACCGGCCCGUGGAGGAGUCCCUCAUCCUCUUCCAGAGGAUGAAGAAGGGCAUGUUCGCAGAGGGGGAGGCCACACUGAGGAUGAAGAUGGUCAUGGAGGAUGGCAAGAUGGACCCUGUGGCCUACCGCAUCAAAUACACGCCUCAUCACCGGACAGGAGACACCUGGUGCAUCUAUCCAACAUAUGACUACACACACUGUCUCUGUGACUCCAUUGAACAGAUAACGCACUCACUCUGCACCAAAGAGUUUCAGGCGAGGCGGUCAUCGUACUACUGGCUGUGUAAUGCUCUAGAUGUGUACUGCCCAGUGCAGUGGGAGUACGGCCGUCUCAACCUCACAUACACCGUGGUCUCCAAGAGGAAAAUCAUCAAGCUGGUGGAGAUGGGAGUCGUCAGGGACUGGGAUGACCCACGCCUCUUCACUCUCACUGCUCUCAGGAGGAGAGGCUUUCCUCCACAGGCCAUCAACAACUUCUGUGCACGGGUGGGAGUGACCGUGGCCCAGGUGACCAUGGAGCCUCACCUGCUGGAGGCGUGUGUGAGGGAGGUGCUGAAUGAGCAGGCUCCGCGAGUCAUGGCUGUGCUCGAACCCCUCAAAGUGACCAUAACCAACCUGGCCAGCGAGUCACAGAUGUCUGUACGCGUUCCUGACUUCCCUGCAAAUGAGGCAAAGGGCAGUCACAUGGUUCCCUUCUCCAGAGUUGUCUACAUCGAACAGAGUGACUUCAGAGAGGUGAUGGAGAAGGGCUACAAGCGUCUGACUCCUGACCAGCCUGUGGGCCUGAGGCAUGCCGGCUACGUCAUCUCUGUGAAGCGUGUCAUCAAGGACGCCAGUGGUAAAGUGACUGAGCUGGAGGUCACGUGUGCCACCACCGAUUCGGCUGAGAAGCCCAAGGCCUUCAUCCACUGGGUCAGCAAGCCCCUGGAGUGUGAAGUGCGCCUCUAUGAGCGACUGUUCCUACACAAAAACCCAGAGGACUCUGCAGAGGUGCCAGGUGGCUUCCUUAGUGACAUCAACCCAAAUUCCCUCCAUAUUAUCCAAGAUGCCUUAGUAGACCAGUCUGUAGCUAAUACAAAGGUCUUCAAUAAGUUCCAAUUUGAGAGAGUGGGCUAUUUCUCUGUGGACCCAGACAGCACACCAAAAAAGCUGGUGUUCAAUAGAACGGUCACCCUAAAGGAAGAUCCUGGGAAGAUCUGAUUGAGAGAUGCUUGGAUUUGCAGUCAAUGAGCAACAAGGGAAUACUGUGUGGAUGUGUAAGCCUCUACAUCUGUGUUAACUGCCCCAAACACUUUGUGCAGUCUGUUCUGCACUGGUGCUACAAAGUGGGGGGAUGCUUGCAAAGGAUAUUUUUUACAAACACGGUCACCCUCUACCCGUCACACCAGUAAAGGCGGAGGGUUAAAUAGCCAUAGAGAAGGUGACUCGCUUGCAAUUUUUCAAACAUCUUGAGUAAUAAAAUU